AGCUCUUUAUAUCUUUGCAACAACACAUAAUUUAUCAAAAAAAAGAAAAACACACACAAACACAAAAACUUUUUUUUUUCAAAAAUAGUAAAAAUGAUUGAUUUUGCAGCAGUGAUGAUAGCCACUGCACUAUUUGCAUUUCUGUGUCCAGGGCUAGUUUUGCAGCUUCCUGGUAAGAACAAGCCAGUUGAAUUCCUUAACAUGAAAACAAGUGUUCUAGCCAUUGUUUUGCAUGCUGUGAUUUAUGGCUUGCUUCUUGUUUUGUUCCUCGUUAUGCUCGACAUCCAUAUCUACGCCUAGGGACAUUCUUCCCGUCAGGGCGGACGCAGAAAAGAAUAUUGGUUAGAGCAUUCCUGGUUUCUUGUUUUAAUGAUGUCUUAGAAUAAGAAUAAUCUUUGAUUUUUUAUCUAUGUUUGUUUAAACUUGUUUUGGUGCACCUUUUUUUAAUUAGAAGGGAGGAUGAGAAAUUGUUGCUGGAAUAUUUUGAUUUUGUUUCUUGGCUAAUCUCUUGUAUUUGGAAAUGAUUGGACAUUAUUGUAUGACUAGUAUUGUUUUCCCUCUUUAUAUGUUAACUUUUACUCUACCUUUCAAAGAUUAUUCAAAAGUGCAUUUAAAUA